AUGGGAGCUUUCCUCGCUUUGUUCACCUCUGCUGCUGUCAUUCUCCUGAUUAUUCAUGGAGGUUUAUGCGUGGAUAUCAUUGGAGGAACUGAAGUAGCACCACACUCGAGACCAUUUAUGGCCCUAAUCAUCGGACCAGAUGAACAACUUUGUGGAGGAGCUCUGAUCAAGAAAAACUGGGUGUUAACAGCUGCCCACUGUGAUGUGAAAAGAGGAAAAGUUAUUCUUGGAGCUCAUUCACGCAAAGCAAAAGAAAGAGAACAGCAGGUUUUUGAGAUUGUAAAACAAAUUCCCUACCAAUGCUACAGUUCCAAUUCUAAAGAAAACGACAUCAUGCUGCUGCAGCUUAACAAAAGCGCAAGACUUACUAAAGCUGUGAAACCCAUUCCCCUGCCUACCUCAUACGAUGAUCCCAAACCAGGAACACCUUGCACGGUAGCAGGAUGGGGAUACACUCACAAUGGCCUAAGAAAGACUUCUGAUACCCUGAGGGCAGUCAAUAUCACUGUAUUCAGCAGGCAAAUCUGCAAUGACAAAAAUCAUUAUAAUAGUAACCCUGUUGUAACAGAAAACAUGAUAUGUGCAGGGGACAGGAAUGGAGGAAAGGACUCAUGUUAU